ACCCCGAUUUCCUAUCGCUAAAUUCAAACAUUUACAGCAGGCGCACCAACAAAGACUGUUUUUUUGUGGUUAACAAACAGGCUUUUUCUUAGGUUUUGCAGAGACGCGUUCACAGUGUUUAUGCACAUCUGAAGUUCUGAUUUGGAAAAAAAUAAAAACACUUCAGCGCCUUUUGUGAAAAUCAUUAAUAAUGUGGACCUGGACGUUCAUUCUGUGUUUUGGAAAUAUUCUCAUCGGAUUACAGGCAAGUGAUCAGAAUUCAGGAUGGCUCCCUCUAAUUGAGCGCUCUGAAACAGCCUCCCCUAGUCUUUUAAUGCCAAAUAAACAGAGCUCCAACAGCUCGUUUCAUCCACCAGAAAAAAAUGGGGGAAAAACACCCCAACAUCCCAUGUGCUCCCAGCCAGCUCGGAUCAGAGACACCUUCAAAUACAUCAACCUACUGGCCUCUCUGCUUGUAUUUGUUGUCGGGAUUGUGGGGAAUUCUGCCUUACUUAAAGUCAUAUAUGUAAAUAAAAACAUGAGAAGUGGACCAAACAUCAUCAUUGCAAGUCUCGCUUUGGGGGAUUUGAUCCACAUUGUGAUAGACAUUCCAAUCAACUCAUACAGGCUCAUGGCAGAAGAUUGGCCCUUUGGUUUAGUUCUAUGCAAACUUGUCCCCUUCAUCCAGAAAACUUCUGUUGGGAUUACCGUAUUGAGUUUAUGUGCUUUGAGCGUUGACAGAUACCGAGCUGUGAUAUCCUGGCAUCAAAUCAAAGGCAUCUGGGUUCCUGUGUGGACAGCAAUUGAAAUAACCCUGAUAUGGGUUAUUUCAAUCCUGCUGGCUGUUCCUGAAGCUGUCGGCUUUGAUAUGAUAACGAUGGACUACAAAGAGAAGCAUCUGAGAAUAUGUCUUCUUCACCCCAUGCAAACCAGCCAGUUCAUGCAGAUGUAUAAAGCAGGGAAAGACUGGUGGCUCUUUGGCUUCUACUUCUGCAUGCCACUGGCCUGGACUGCAGUUUUCUACACGCUUAUGACCCAGAAAAUGCUAAGAAAAACAGAAAACACUUUGAGCGAUCACAUCAAGCAGAGGUGGGAAGUUGCAAAAACUGUCUUCUGCUUGGUGUUGGUGUUUGCACUCUGCUGGCUGCCUCUAUAUCUCAGCAGAAUCUUGAAAUUAACCAUGUAUGAUGAGAAAGACCCUGAUAGGUGCCGUUUACUGAGCAUUUUUCUUGUUCUGGACUAUUUUGGCAUAAACAUGGCAUCGCUGAACUCAUGCAUCAACCCAAUUGCGCUGUACAUAGUCAGCAAAAGAUUCAAGACAUGUUUCAAGGCGUGUAUGUGCAGUUGGCGUCUGCCUUUUCAAGCUGAUACCCACGACGAGGCGCAGGCUGUUUUGAAGUCCAGAAUGCAGGAUCAAGGCUCAGAGCAGAGCUGCAACAUCAAAGCUGGCGGAGAGACUUCCACACCCCUACCUGUUAACAAUUUACCUUGUUAACAAAACUCACACGCAUUUGUAAAUUUGUGCUUUUGUCAAUAUAACUAUAUUAAAUGGACAGUUAAAAAAAAAAUGCCAGAAAAUCUCUGGUUGCUCAGCAACCAGUCCCAAUAACACAAUAUUACCUUUGAAUAACAACGGAGCGCUUUUUUAUGUAAUGAUGCCGUCAGUUAAACAGCUGUUUUGGCGAGAGCAACCUCCAAUCAGACUGUUUAGACCAUUGUUAGCUCCUGGGCGCAUGACUCCCUUCCAACAAUUACAUCAGAUCUCACCUGGUACCUUUGCUCUAUCAUGCAUCACAGUUCUUAAAUCACUGUUUUCGACACUGUGCUGUAUAUCCUGUCAAGUCUGAAGACCUGCAUAUAAUUUCACUGCUGGGCUGUAGUACAACGUUAUGCCAUAGGAUAUCAUGCAAAUGCAAAUUCAAAAGGACUCUCUCGGAAGAGGAAUUAUUAGCACUUAUAUUAUUUUUGUUUCAGUUCCAUGCAUGCCCUGGAUGUGGCAUUUUUCAAGUUUAUAGUCGUUCUUUCCCUGAAAAACAUAUCAAAUUGAUGCCACAAGUAAAUCCUGUCCUCAACACUGAAUGAACUGAUUGAUGGUGGCCUAUUUUUAAUGCAUUGUUAAAUGUGUAAUGCAUGGAGACACUUUAUAAAAGACCUGAGAGUGGGAAAGAAGGGAAACGAAGAUGACAGAAUGAGGUCAGGAGGAGAGAGGCACGGGGGGUGUUGGGGUGGAGGGGAUGCUGGUGGCACCUGAUAGGUCUUCCCGUCACAGGACAAGGCAAGCACAAAUGAAGCACAGUCCUCCCAGCUAAUGCUGUAUCAGCCUGAAAAACUGUCUGGCUGCUUGUGUGGCGGAACGCCUAUUAAAAGUUUAUCUUGUCUGAGUGAAGUUAAGUUGUUUGUUGGAACAAAGUUGUUGAAAUAAAAGAGUGACUUUUUGUAA